AGGGCGGUGUUUCGGGGAAAAGACGCUCGUAGAAAUUCCUCCUAACUAUAAGUUAUAGCUUUUGAUAAGUUGGGUUUUAGCUGAAGUAGUUUCUUAUUAUUGUUGAAUUCUGCUGGAUUUUUCAUCUUCUGCGUCGUUGGGCUGGACAGUGUUAGGAAAGGCGGACUCUGAAUCCUCUCCCAGGGUGUUAUGUCUUUCCAGAGUAGCUGGGGGAUGGUCAUGGAAAAGUUCUGGGAUUCAGGGAUUCCUUGUUUACAUCCUCCCGGAGUACGUCUCGGGGGCGGGCUUGGCUCCGCCCUCAUUCUUUAGCCCUGACGUCAUUGUCGCUUGUGUUUUUUAUGAAUGAAAGAAUCCAACCUCAGAGAGCAGCGGAGUAAUUCCGGGAAAAGGCGGACUGACAUUUUGUCGCCGGAGUUGCGUCGAGCCAUCAGAUUGUGUGUAUCUGGUUUUACUGGUGCUUGGGGAGGGGAAAAAAACAAAGACAACUGGACCAUGACGACAGAAAGAAACAGCAAAGCUCUGAAGGUGAAGCAGGAAUGCGGCGAGAACGUGCCCUUCCUGUCGGACAGCGAACUAAUGUCCCUGUCGGUGCGAGAGCUGAAUCUCCACCUGCGUGGCCUCUCCCGCGACGAUAUUCAGAAGCUGAAGCAGCGGCGUCGCACCUUAAAGAACAGGGGAUAUGCCGCCAGCUGCCGGGUCAAGCGGGUGUCUCAGCGAGAGGCCCUGGAGCAGCAGAAGAUGGAGCUGCAGAGAGAGGUGGAGAGGCUCGGAGCCGAGAACGCCGGCAUGAGGAAGGAGCUGGAGGGGCUCAGCGCACGCCUGGCUGCGCUUCAGAGAUUCGCCAGGGGUCUGGAAGCGGGAGGAGGCAGCCUGCUGGCGACGGCCCCUCGUCUCAACACCGCCUCGGUCAUCACCAUCGUCAAGAGUCCGCAGCAGCCUCAGCCACAGAGGGAGCACGAGCUAUCCUAGAAGGAGAUGCUGAAACCAGACUGGGGUUUGGGAUUCGGGGUGGGGACGGGGAAGCCUGCAAUGCAAACACGCACACAUCUGCGGGCCUUAAUACUCACGCAGGCAGGAGAGCAGGAUGACUUGUAAUAAUAGGAAAAUACUAAGCGCCUUGUUCACAUUACAAUUGACAGAAAUCCGAUCACAGCUACGAUCACCUUUCUAACAAACAAGAAAACAGAGACGGGUUCAGUACUGUAGUUUUGAUAGAGAUGUCCUCUGAUGAUCCUCCAUGAAACAGCAGUCUGGUCAAGUAAGAUUUACUCAGUGAUCUUUUUUUCUUUUUUCUUGAAGCACUCGAAGUUUCAAAUUCUGUUUAAUGUGAACAAGGCGUCGCACAUAUUUAUGCACAAAAAAACCCUCACAGUCUUUCCCUUGAGCUACACGGGGACUCUGACUGAAGCCCAACCAAGCCAAACAGGGUUGCUGAGCACCUUUAGUCCUCAGCAAACCCCCACAGCGAGGCUGGUGUAGCCUGAUUAUGCUACUUAAAGGCUGGGGUGCCUUUCUGCUUCCGUUUAUGGCACCUGACCAACAGCAAAAUGCUAGGGUGGAGCUUCCUCGGUCUCCAUAAUGCCUUCUAGUCUGAAAUCACUAGCUUGGCUCAGCCUCGUGUUCCCACCCCCCCUGUAUUUUUUUCCUUUUAUUCCCUCUCAAUGCAGUUUCUCACCCUUUAUGUCACUUUAUGUGCCGGUGGGAUAAUCGAAUCUGUUUUCGCCUCCUUCCAUUGAUGGCUCUCUAGCUGCUUUAGUCAUGAGACUUUUGGGAGCAGAAACGGUCAGAGAAAUGCUGCCUGAGUGCAUUGUGAAUUUCUCUAAGU